GAGCUGAGCGCUGCUGCUGCCAUAUGAGCCGACUUGCAGGAAAAGCGCACACAGGCGAGAGUCCAAUGAGCGAGUUUUAGUCACUGACCGGAUUGUGUUCAAGGACUGACUGAUUCCACUUGACAGCGAGCAGUUACUUGGAGAUUUGUCUCUUUUGUAAUCACAACAAAAACAAAAACAAUCGCAAAGAAGAGACGCAACGAUGACAGCCGAGUUGAUUUCUCCUCGAAGUCACUGAGAUCCGCAUCCUCCUGCGUUUGCAUCCGAUCGCUGACCUCCCUGGAAAAGAUGCAAAGGAGAUACAGGAUGAAUUCGGCGUUCAUGGCAGUGUUACUCGGAGUGGUCGGGGCUCUGGCCAAUAAAGAGAAAUGUCCUUCGGAACAGUAUAUGAAGAGUGGCGAAUGCUGCAAACAGUGUCAGCCCGGCGAGGGCGUCGUCAGACCAUGUGGAGCCACCACACAGACAGUCUGCGCUCCAUGCCUUGACAGCGAAACCUUUUCAGAAUCCUUCAGCCACACAGAGAGAUGCCAGCCGUGCACACAGUGUACCGGUCUGUACCGGAUGGACACGCCCUGCACCGACUCCAACGAUGCCAUCUGUGUCUGCAACUAUGGCUACUACCUGAAUAGACUCUCAGAAAUGUGUGAACCGUGCACCAAAUGCCCCGAGGGCCAAGGGAUGCUGCUGAUCUGCGAGCUCGACCAUGACACAGUGUGUGAGGAGUGCACCAUGGACACGUACUCGGACCAGGAGAGUUCUCGAGAGCCCUGCAUCCCCUGCACCUCCUGUGAUGAUGACGAGGUGUUAGAGCCCUGCACCCCUACCAAAGAUACAGUGUGUCAAGUUACUUACCCCUCAGGGAUUCCCCCGGUUACUGGACCCUCCAUGAGCCCCUAUGACGAUGCCACGGUGGACGACCCUCCAAUAGACAUCCCUACAGACAGCCCUACAAUGACCCCUGACGGUGACGGUGAUGGUGACGGUGACUCCCAGGAGCGGCUCUACCAGGGUCUGAACGAUAAACUCAUCCCCAUCUACUGCUCCAUCCUGGCAGCCGUCGUCGUUGGUUUUGUGGCUUUCAUAAUCUUCAAGAGGUGGAAUAGCUGUAAGCAGAACAAGCAAGGAGCCAACAACUGCACGGCCAACCAGAACCAGACUCCAUCUCCUGAGGGGGAGAAGCUGCACAGCGACAGCGGUAUUUCUGUGGACAGUCAGAGUCUACAGGAGCAGCAGGGCCAGACUCAGGCACAAACAGUUGUCACCAUGGACGAAGAGCCCUGCUUGCUGCUUCCUCUCCACACCAGAGAGAAAGUGGAGAAGCUGCUGUUCAGGGGCAACGAGGGAGAAAACUGCAACAUGCACGACAGCGACUGGUGCAACCUGGCUGGUUUACUCGGAUACGAAGAGGAGCGGAUCGCCACCUUCCGGCAGGAGGAGCAUCCCGUUCGUGCUCUGCUGUCCGACUGGGCAAGCAAGGACUGCGCCAGCAUCGACACACUGUGCACGGCACUUCGUAAGAUCAACCGUGAAGACAUCGCACAGAGUCUGGCGCUCAGUCCGACUGCCGUGAAGCCGACCGCCACCUCUGUGGUGUGAUUUUAACUGUGAGCCAAAUUUUACCACCUGAAACUUAAACCUUAGAAUAUUCUAGACUCACUUGAAGCCUCAUGAAGCCACGAGUCACAGCAACAAAAUCCAACGAAUCACAUUUAAAUCAAGGGAGAAGACAGGAAAUCAGAAAAACACUGAAAAAAUAUCAAUAUACACAAUCAAACCAAUGCAAGGUAAACCUAAACCCUUCACUUAACCAUCAGGAUAGCCUUGCAAACGUUCAUUCUGACAUUUAAAAUCCACACAAAGAAGCAAACAUGACGAUAAUCAUUCCAUUUGGAGCUGGGAUACCUACCUGCCUUUCCACACUAUUUGACAUUCAGCUGACCACCUUCUGAUCUAAUUAACCUCAGAGCAGCAGUUUGAAGUGGUCGUGGAUACCUGGCUCUCUCUUUCAUUCCUCCACCUUCAUCCUCUGCAUCUUUAUCAUCGAUAUCUACAAUCUUAGACAUGCAUAUGCCGGCGUGGCCCUUACUUAUUGCCUUCUCAAGCCCGUGUUGUACUUCUAAAUGUGUUCAAAACUACGCUACCAAAGAGGAAUGUUUUCAGGCCAUACCUGAGAUUAUUCGCAUGCCACGUUAGACUUUUUGAAUUCGAGAUGACAAACGGCUUCUGUCUCUCACUGCUGCUGGAUGACACCUGCAUACGUCAGACUAUGACAGCCUGAAGAAGGAUGGUUGGACGCAUUUCAAAUGUAACAAAGGCCACGUCCAGCUAUUGAAACAUUUGUAUUAGAUUUAAGACGUGGAGCAGCAGCGCACGUUGACGUUGUCUGGACUUCUGCUUCGUCUUAAGUGAUUUCUGCUUCCUUUCUCCAACAAGUGCUAUAAGAACUGUUGGCUGGACUUUGCCAACUAGAUGGUCUGUGGGACAACAUGACUCCAGUCUAUGUGCUCGGGUCUAUCUGCAUAACACAGAAGCUCGCACACAGACUCACUUCAUACUGACCCAGAAAAGGGAAGGAGGUGGAACUUAAGUUACCCAGUGACAACCAUGUAUACUAUAUGUACAUAGGGAGACAAGUGCACACACCUAAUACAGACACACAUAUACAAACACACUAUACAGUAUGUAGCCGUGCAUGCAUGUACUGUACUAUUCAAACAGACACACACACACGUGUAUGCAUUUACAUUCUUAUUCAUUGUAGAGGACACAGAAAACUUCACAUCCUGCCAUGUACAAUACAGAGCACUCUCAUGAGGGGACCAUAUACUGUUCAUUGUCGAUAUUACUAGCCAAUAUAGCGUUACUCUGUGUCUACUUAUGUCUAAAACUGUAUGAUUUGCAGUGUGUGCUGCAGAUGGUGAAAUGCUACCUAGACGGUAAACAGCAUGCAGAAACUGGCAACUCAUUGUCAGCCAGCGCACACACUUUCAAGUAAGAAACAUGCAAACUUUAGUAAACAAUCAGGAUGCUAAACAAAAAUCCAGGGUUUUUAAUCUUCUUUUGCUUAGUUUCUCAGGGUAUCUUGAAUGAUUGUGUUACAACACGAAUAUUACACUUAUUAUUGCACCAUCUAUGACUAACCGAACAAUCUGUAGUUGCUCAAAAGCCACUGUGUUUAUCCAAAGCAGUGAUUCUUGCGGCUGACAAUCUUUCAAACAGAUGAAUAAGAGAGAGAAACUGGUCCAGAGAGAGAGGCGGGGGGGGGGGGGGGGGGAGUGGUGUUGUGUUUCUUCUUUGUUUGGAACAAUGACCUCUGAAUAAAAAGGCCAGUCAGUAGAGACAUAAGGCGAAAGGAUGUGGGAUGAAUUCAAACAAGGGAACCGGAAGAGUUUUGGAUUACUUCAAUGUAAAGGUGAAACCCAGUAAUCUGCAUUUGCAUUAAUCGGCUUGUUUAAGUCUAAGCAUGUAUUCCUCUCCUCAUGGCAGCCUGUGCUUCUUACAUUGUGUUGCUACCUGGUGUCUCAAAGCAUAUUCAACAGUGUAAAUGUGUUGAUGCGAUUGUGCUGACAGCUAAGGACCCACAGGACCUACUCGUUCUGUUUUCUUCACUGUAAAUGGGAACAUAUUUGAAGGAGAAAGCAGUUUACAAUGUUAAACUUCAUCUAUAUCACCAACGUCAGCUGUUGCUCUAUAGUACAGAUUGCCACUAACCACUAGCGUAUUGAGCGUCAUGCUGUAGUGUUACUUUAAAUGAAGGUAUUCUUACUGCUCUAUAAGGGUUGUUUGUAUUUUAAUUCCCAAAUAACAACUGUAAAUGGUAUUGUAGUUCUGUUUUUGUUUUAGAUUGUAAUUAUGUGUCUUUUUGCAUCACAAGUGCCUGGGAACUAUUUCAGGUGUCUGCUGAUGUUGUACUUUUUUUUGUUUUUAGCCGAUUUGUAAGAAUAUCUUUUUUAUUUCUUGCUUUAUUUUUAACUUGUAAAUAAAUAGUCUUUUUUCUUUUGUUUUAGUCAAUGCCUAGAAGGCGUCACUGGACAGUAUCUAUGUGAACAGGCCUUUGGUACAUGAUCAGUACUGUCGAGGAAAGAAGGGCGAAGGGAAGAGGGUCGCAGAUUGUUCACCAUCAGGAUGAUGAAUGAAAAUUUAAAUGUCGAAGAUUCAUCGGGUAUGGAAAGGCUCCAGUUUUCUGUUUAGGAAAGCCAUCUAUUUCAGUCAGGAAUAUAACAUUACAUUGUGAUUUCAGUGCUUAUAUUUCAGGUCAACAAAGUUUGACAUUUUGGGAAAUACUUUUAUAUGUUUUCUAGCUGAGAAUUGGAUUCAAAGAGUGAUGUUACUGCAGCUAAGUCUAGAAACAGCUAGCCCCUUAUGUACCAGACUAGAGGCCCUCUCAGAUAGAAUGUGACACAAUGGCACCACUGCACUCUGAAGCCCAUAUUUUUAAUUGGCUUGUACGAUGCAACAACGGUUUGUUGCUGCAUUCAGCUGCAAUGAGCAGCUAAAAGUUCAGAUUAGGUUAACUUUUGACUGCAAAUAUUUGUCACACGAAGAAACAAGGAAACAAGGCAUCCAGCCACGCAUGGAAGGCAAAAUGUAGGAAAAGCUGAUGUUUCCAAAUUCCCUGAAUUCUACCACACAACUUUGUAUUUGCAAUGAGACCUCAGGAAACAGGUUUCUUUCCAAGUAGGCAUAUCAGCUGCAUUUUAACCUCUUUAUAUACAGUCAUUGGUUUUAAUAGUCAGCUUGUUGCAGUUUGGCAAUAUGUGUAACACAGGGCCUCGGUUUAUUUGUUCCUUUUCAACAGCUUUACAGACCUAUUAAAGUUUUUUAAUGAGAUAAGGAGGUUUAAUUUCCAUUCAGAAUUAUUUAUUGAUUUCGUGGUCUUGGAAGAAAUUGUGAAAACUCCACCUAUUUUGCUGAACAUAGUGACGAGCACAAACUGCAUUAUGUUUAAAAGGGCCAUAUUUCUGCCGUUGCCUACAGAUUUUUUUAUUUUUUAUUUUUUACCAGAUCGGCUGCUUUUUCCUUAUUAUAUACUAAGUUAAACUAAGUGGCUGCUGGCUGUACCUCUAUAGCUGGAAUAAUAGGAGAAUAUUCCUGAUUAUCUCAUCUUAAAAUAAGCAUAUUUCCCAAAAUGUCAGACUAAACCACCCUGUUAAAUUUGUACAUUUGAACAUUACUUUUAGCAGUAAAUAGUCAUAUCAGUUAGUAUACAUACUACGUACAUCACACAUAUGUGUCCAUAACUUACUUCAUACUUCAACAGACUUCCUACGGGAACAUAUUGCAGGUUGCCUUACCAGAAAAAAUUGCACCAGCAUUAUUUUCAGUUGCUUACCUGUGAGUUAAAGCUCUGUGCCUUGGACCUGAUGAUCUGAAUAUUCACACAAAAUCAUGUUGUGCUACUUUGUGUUACAGGAAACUCGACACACUGUAGAGCCUCAUGCUUACUUGAGUUCUAUGAUGCCCCAGAUAAUUAUUUUGGUUUCAAUGGUUGUGUUCAAUAAUCUCCAUCACUGUAGAAAGACCUUCCCUGAAAGCCCUCAGUUCAUUGCACCAUGGGGCCAUAAACAUCUUUAGAAUCUGUCCUCCUGUCAGCUGAACAUGGAGGCUUUUUUUCUUUGGACAGUAUUUCUUUAGAGAGUAACAGACAUUGAAUUGCUUGUACAGUGAACCCAAUUGAAGGUGAACACAUGGUGAUAUUGCACUUGAGAGACAAAGUGCAAACUAGGUCAGGGGUGGGAGGUAAAAGAAUGUGUUUGGAGGGUGUGUUUUAAGGAGAAGCCCUGGUAACGUAGCUCACAGUAACACGAAUGACAGCGAACCAGGACGGAAGUGUACAGAUGUGAGAAACACUGAAUGUUCCUUGUAUACUAAUACAUAUACUGUUCUAUACUUAAUGUGAAUUUGCUAAAUUCCUACAGCAGACAAGCAGUAAAAUGAAUAAUAAAGCUCUUAAAUCCA